GUAAAGAUAUGAAUAUUUCAACUUAAGGUCGAUCAGUGCAGGGAACUUUGUAGUAGUUAGCGUACAUUUAGAGUUGAGAAAUGAUGGAAUUUGAGCGUGACUUAUCCGACCACACAACAAUGGGGAAGACCCACGGAAGCGACGGAAGAAGCUUAACACCCGUCCAAAGAUUUUUCGUCGGUUCCAAAAUAUUACUGACCGGAGGUACAGGAUUUAUAGGGAUCCUCCUGCUGGAAAAGCUGCUGAGCUCCUGUCCCGACAUCUCCAAAGUCUUUAUGUUGGUCAGAGACAAAAAGGGGAAGGAUAUUCGGACCAGAAUGCAAGAAUUCUUCGACGAUGAAGUAUUUUACAGAGUUAGGGAGCAGUGUCCGAACUUCGAGGAGAAGAUAGUCGCUGUAAAAGGAGAUUGCGAGCUACCAGGACUGGGACUCGGCCAGCUCGACAGGGAGAUGCUAAUCAGAGAGGUGGAUGUGAUCUUUCACGGAGCUGCCACCGUGAGGUUCGACGAGACCCUGAAGAAGGCUUCCUACAUCAACGUCAGGGGGGUCAGGGACGUAAUAAAACUGGCCCGGCAGAUGCCAAACCUGAAGUCCUUCGUCCACAUCUCCACCGCUUACUCCAACUGCAUCCACAGGGUCGUCAAGGAAGAGAUAUAUCCGCCCGUGAUGGACUACAGGAAGCUCCUCGACGUCGCGGAUGCGCUCCCUGACGAAGUUCUCGACAAAAUAACACCUCUGUUUUUGGGGAAAUAUCCUAACACGUACACCUUCACCAAACACAUCGGAGAAGACGUGGUGCGACAGGAAAGUGGAGGGUUACCCGUUGGAAUACACAGACCCUCCGUUGUGAUGUCGACUUACAAAGAACCCCUAAAGGGUUGGAACAACAGCAUUUACGGCCCUGCUGGCCUAAUGAUGGGCGCAUACCUGGGCCUAGUAAGAACUUCACCAUACGAUACAGAGAUCAAAACUCACAUGGUGCCUGCUGACAUGGUGGUGAAUUCCAUCGUAGCAGCAGCCUGGGACAUUGGGGAAAAUUUUAUCCGAGAAAAAGACACGACCCCCACCAUAACUGUCUACAACUAUGAUCUGGAUCUGGACGUGACCUGGGGCAACUAUUUGUUUACGUGCAAGAAGUACGCUUUAAAGUAUUUCAGCGUCAAGGCCAUGUGGUACUUAGAUGGGGUGCUUUUUAAGUCAUUUUCCGUCUAUAACGUUAUGCAGUUCUUCCUUCAUACCAUCCCUGGCGUCAUCAUGGAUGCUAUCCUGGUCUACAAAAAAAAACCUCCGAUGAUGCGAAAUAUAUAUCGGAAACUUUACAAAGCAGAGAAGAUGCUGCUUUAUUUUAAAAUGAACGACUGGACUUUCGAAACUGGAAAACUGAGGGGACUUAUAGGCAGGAUGUCCGACGAGGACAAGAAGAUCUUCUACUGCGACGUCAAGGAUUUUGACUGGGAGGAAUCUUUGGAGUACUACACCCUGGGGUUGCGGAUAUACUUGAUGAAGGACCCCUUAGAGACGCUCCCAGCUGGACAGAAGCUUCGAGUAAGGCUGUACUGGUUAAAUCAAUUGACUAAAACAGUAAUAGUCAUCUUUUUGUUGUGGACAGUAUGGGUCAUUUUCUCAUUUAUAUUUAGACUCGUCUUCUAAUCAGGAUAGUUUGUAAAUAUGUAUUUUGUUUGUAGAAAAUAAAAUGUCGUUUUACAACUUA